CCUGCUGAGCGGGUAGGAUGCAGCGGUAUGCACUACACAACGGCCGUGUUACUCAUGGGCCUGCUCACGAACGCGGCCGUUGAAAUAACACCGACUACAGGAGCUACUGAAGCAUCUACUACAAUUAGCCCACCGCCCACAGUUUUCCGCAAUACUAUGGCAACAAUCACACGACCGGGUACAAGACGAAAAUCUGGAUCCCCGAUGCUUAACUAUAUUUUCGACUCCUACGCGACAAGCAAACAACAUUUUCAUGAUACCUUUAAAGCACCAUCAUUCGAAGGAGAUUUGAGCUCGGAGACAAUCAUGGAUGCUGACACAGGCUCAACAGUGCUCUUUGAUUGCAAAGUCUCCUCUUUGAGGGACAAGACGGUAUCCUGGCUAAAAGUCUCAGAUGAUGAGAACUUAGAACUAUUGACGAUAAACUUAAUAACUUACACAGCUGAUUCAAGAUUCAAAGUAGACUUGGCUGGAGAGAAUUGGAAGUUAUCAUUGUCUGAUGCAAAAACUAAAGAUUCCGGUGUAUAUUGGUGUCACGUGUCUACUCAUCCGCCUAUGUUAAGAGUUUUUAGACUUCAAGUACAUGCACCAGAUAUGAAAAUUAGCAAAGAAACAUUUUUAGAAACCGGAGAAACCCUAUCACUUAAGUGUAUGGUUUUAAAUUUGAACCCUGGGGACGUGACACCCGAGUUGUUCUGGCACAGGGGUAAUAAUACCACCCCCUUGGAUGAGGUUCGAGGGGGCGUUUUGGUAGAAACUGAUCAACUGACAUUGACAAGUCAUCUUCAGGUGGCUCAACUCAAACUAGAAGACGCUGGAAACUACACCUGUGCUCUGGAAGCUCCUCUACACAUGAGAGCAACGACAAGAGUUCAUGUAUUACAAGGUUCAAGCUUGGCUGAGCUGCAAAGCGGCGUAAAAACCACAACAAGCUACAUAAGCCUCCUCGUAACGUCAUUAUUAAUCGUUCUAGGAGCACGACACCAUGACGUAAGGUGACCUAGUUAGAUAUAAAAUACACUCAAAGGAUACGGAACGCUAGAAUUUUUAUGGGAACAAGUUAUUGUAAACAGUGCGUUUGAAGUAUUCCAAAUUCAAAUUAUACUAAAUUCUAAAUUUAAAAUAUAUCUGGCAUACCAAUUAAUAUUGUAAUCGACAGGUGACAACCAUUGUUUUUUGUACUCUAUGAACCCCUUAUUUAUAAACUAACUUAAUAUAAUUGAAUUAUUUCAUACUAUUCCUAGAUGUCAUACAAUGUACGCUGUGAUGAAAAGUGACAGAUAAAAAAUCACAAGCAAUGUGAAUUGGAUAAUAUUAAUUAUUAUUAACAACCAAUCAAUUAUUGGUCUAUGAAAAUGUAAAUUGUCGUUACUUUAAUCGAAAUAUACUUCAAACGCAUUACAAGUUUUGAUUAUUGAUUGGAGUAAGUACACAAAUAAAAGGUUCAAAGCCUGCGACAUAAUGUCUUUAAGAAUAGUCAUAUCAGAAUAAUAAAAAUAUCACUUAAAGAUUUGUAUAGAUAAGAUAAGGAAUGCUUUUAGAAAUAGAACAGUAUAAACUUAGUCUUAAGUUUUUGUUUUCUCUCUUCAAUAUCCGUUUCUUACAUGACGUGUCUUAAUCUCAUGGCAUAAUAAUAAUUCUAGAAAAUUUAAAGAGAAAUACGAUUAUCAGUAAUACUGGAAAUAUGCGUUAUGCUUUGUGAAGUCACAGGUGUGUAAUAAUUGGUUUAAUUACUGUCAUGUAUUUUGUUGGCUUUACUUACCACAAGAAUGCCUACAUUCACAUUAAAAGAAUAAAUCGUGUAAUAAAUAAACAAAUGAGAACUUCUCUCUGUAUUUAUUUCAUAGGCUUUAAAUAUGUUUCCAUGGAAACCAAAUCAUAUAGAAACGAUUGCGUUUAGAAUUAUGUGUCCCGUCCAGGAUGUUUUUAAUUUUGUAAAUAAAUGUAUGUUAAAUAAGUGUUUUCUGCACUAAAAUAUCUUCUUCACAUAUCUUACUAUCUGAAUAGCACUAUUAUUAAAACGGUUUUAUAGUGUUAAGUAUCUGUACAACUGUAUCUUUAUCAUGUGUUUUUCAUUUGUUUAUGAAUGAACCUAUCAUUUGAUACUAUAAAUGUGUACUUUAAAAACAAACCGCUCGUUGAUAUACCGCUGUUGAUAUGUUAUAAAUAUCAAGUCAAUUUUUAAAAUCAUACGAGUAAAAGCAUAUAAAGUAACAUAUAUUGUACAAAAUAAAAUAGGUAUAACUAGAAUGUGAAUCUAACGGAAAAUUUAAAAUGUGUCUUUUUUAAAAAGUCAGUCACACUUUGAUUCUCGGAAAUUAAUCGCAAAAUGCAAUACAGAUGUAAUUAUUACAAGCCGUCAUACCAUUAACCUUCUCGUAACUUCUUAAUUUUCUCCUAUUACCUAAGAAACGAUUUCACCUGCCCGAUCGAUUGAACAAUUACGAUGGGAUGGCGAGCGUGUCCCACAUUCUACGACUCAAUGUUCAAAUACCUUAGUUCAAUUGGAAAUCAAUUCUAUUCUACAUUUAUUCCGGCUUCCUUUAAUGUGUAUUGGGAUUAGAGGAAUGCACUAAGCACCGGUUAAUGGGCCAGGUGAUAGGGUAGAUGUGUUUUAUAUUUUCUUAUUGCAGCUUUGUCUUUAUGUAUACACGCUUAAAUA